AAAUGAUAGUGGUUGUUGUUCUUACAGUUACUUGGUGCAGCUUGCUUAUGAGACCCCUCCGUUUCCACAACUACCCUUUUCUUUCACACGCUCUCUCUCACCAUUUUUAAUUAUAUCACUUUCUCUCUCUAGCAUUGUCGGAGGCUCUCUCGGUUUCAGCUUCUUCUCCAAGCGAAUUGAUCUCUCUCUCUCUCUCUCUCUCUCUGCCUAUAAUCCGCUCUCUCUCUGUGUCGCUCUGUUAGUUAGCUGCUUCCCCAUGGAAGCAGGGGAAGAUUGCUGCGUGAAGGUUGCGGUCCAUGUGCGGCCACUCAUCGCCGACGAGAAGCUUCAAGGCUGCAAAGAUUGUGUCACCGUCUUCGCUGGGAAGCCGCAGGUACAAAUUGGCGCCCAUUCCUUUACAUUUGAUCAUGUUUAUGGAAGCACGGGUUCUCCCUCAAGUGCCAUGUUUGAAGAAUGUGUUGCUCCCCUUGUUGAUGGUUUGUUCCAAGGAUAUAAUGCUACUGUUCUCGCUUAUGGUCAGACAGGUUCUGGGAAAACUUACACAAUGGGAACUGGCUUUAAAGAUGGUUUCCAAACAGGAAUAAUACCCCAAGUUAUGAAUGUUUUGUUUGGCAAAAUUGGAACCUUAAAGCACCAAAUCAAUUUUCAGUUGCAUGUUUCCUUUAUUGAGAUUCUUAAAGAAGAAGUAAGAGACUUGCUGGAUCCGUCCUCCGUGAGCAAACCAGAAACUGCAAAUGGACAUGCAGGAAAAAUGACCUCGCCCGGGAAGCCACCAAUUCAAAUUCGUGAGACGUCAAAUGGUGUCAUUACUCUUGCAGGAUCUACUGAAGUCAGUGUAGCAACACUAAAAGAAAUGGCUGCCUGCCUGGAACAAGGAUCAUUGAGCAGAGCAACUGGGAGCACAAAUAUGAACAACCAAUCCAGCCGAUCUCAUGCCAUCUUCACCAUCACAUUAGAACAAAUGAGGAAGCUCAGCAAUCCUAGUGAUAGCUGUUUAAAUGAUACCAUGAAUGAAGAGUAUCUUUGUGCCAAGUUGCACUUAGUAGAUCUUGCUGGAUCGGAAAGAGCUAAAAGAACAGGGUCUGAUGGUCUGCGUUUCAAGGAAGGAGUUCACAUUAACAAAGGUCUUCUAGCGCUUGGUAAUGUUAUUAGUGCACUUGGUGAUGAAAAGAAGCGAAAGGAAGGCGUUCAUGUUCCAUAUAGGGACAGUAAACUUACUAGGCUUUUGCAGGAUUCACUUGGAGGUAACAGUAGAACUGUCAUGAUAGCCUGCAUAAGUCCUGCUGAUAUUAAUGCUGAGGAAACCCUUAACACUUUGAAAUACGCAAAUCGUGCUCGCAAUAUCCAAAAUAAGCCUGUUAUCAAUAGAGAUCCCAUGUCCAAUGAGAUGCUAAAAAUGCGACAACAACUGGAGUAUUUGCAGGCAGAACUUUGUGCCCGUGCCGGUGGCUCUUCGGAGGAAGUUCAGGUCCUUAAAGAAAGGAUUGCUUGGCUGGAAGCUGCUAAUGACGAUCUUUGCCGUGAACUUCAUGAAUACCGUAGCAGAUGCUCUGUCGUAGAACAAAGUGAAAAGGAUGCUUAUGACGGGAGCACAUGCAUUGUGAAGGCUGAUGCAGUAAAGAGGAGCUUACCCAUCGUAGAGGCUGAUUAUCCAUUGAAUGAAACAGCAGGUGAUUCAAGGGAAAUUGAAGAAGUAACAAAAGAGUGGGAGCACACACUUCUGCAAAAUAGUAUGGAUAGAGAGUUACAUGAAUUGAAUAAACGCUUGCAGCAGAAAGAGUCUGAGAUGAAGCUUUUUGGAAUAUCUGAUGCUGAAGUACUCAAGCAGCACUUUGGAAAAAAGAUAAUGGAAUUGGAGGAUGAGAAGAGAGCAGUGCAGCAAGAGAGAGAUUCGCUUUUGGCUGAAGUUGAAAAUCUUGCUGCCAAUUCUGAUGGACAAACGCAGAAAUUGGAGGAUAUCCAUGCCCACAAAUUGAAAGCACUUGAAUCACAGAUUCUGGAUCUGAAGAAGAAGCAAGAGAAUCAGGUGCAGCUUCUGAAGCAAAAGCAAAAAAGUGAUGAAGCAGCAAAGAGACUACAAGAUGAAAUACAGUGUAUAAAGGCACAAAAGGUACAAUUGCAGCAAAGGAUAAAACAAGAGGCUGAACAGUUUCGACAGUGGAAAGCUUCUAGAGAGAAAGAGCUGUUGCAGUUAAGGAAAGAGGGAAGAAGAAAUGAGUAUGAAAGACACAAGCUGCAAGCGUUAAAUCAGCGCCAGAAAAUGGUCCUUCAAAGAAAAACUGAAGAAGCUGCCUUGGCCACCAAGAGGUUAAAGGAGUUGUUAGAAGCCCGUAAAACUUCCAGCCGAGACACUUUAGUUACAAUGAAUGGAAGUGGCACAAAUGGGCAGAGCCAUGAGAAGUCUUUACAACGGUGGCUUGAUCAUGAACUAGAAGUCAUGGUUAAAGAGCAUGAAGUUCGUUUUGAGUAUGAGAAACAAAGCCAAGUGCGAGCUGCCCUUGCAGAGGAGUUAGCCAUGCUGAAACAAGUAAAUGAGUUUGCUGCCAAGGGUCUCAGUCCUCCAAGAAAGAAUGGAUUUGCCAGGGCAUCCUCCUUGUCCCCAAAUGCAAGAAUGGCCAGAAUAGCUUCACUUGAGAACAUGCUGAGCAUAUCAUCUAAUUCACUUGUGGCCAUGGCUUCUCAGCUUUCAGAGGCAGAAGAACGAGAACGAGCCUUCACCAAUCGUGGACGCUGGAAUCAGUUGCGCUCAAUGGGAGAAGCCAAGAAUUUGCUUCAAUAUAUGUUUAAUUCUGCCGCAGAUGCCAGGUGCCAACUCUGGGAGAAGGACAUGGAGAUCAGGGAAAUGAAAGAUCAAAUCAAAGAACUUGUCAGUCUAUUACGGCAAAGUGAGAUGAAGAGAAAAGAAGCUGAGAAAGAGCUAAAAGUGAGAGAACAAGCUGUUGCAACCACAUUGGCUACGUCAGCUUCCGUAAACUCUCCAAAUACAUUGAAACAACACGCUGAAGACAUGAAAGGACCCUUAUCUCCAGUGUCUAUGCCAGUACCAAAACAGCUAAAAUAUACACCAGGGGUUGCUAAUGGCUCAGUGAAGGAAUCAGCAGCAUUUGCCGAUCAGGGUAGAAGGAUGAUACCCAUCGGGCAGCUGUCAAUGAAAAAACUAGCAAUUGUAGGACAAACUUCUGGCAAGUUAUGGAGGUGGAAAAGAAGUCAUCAUCAGUGGCUACUACAAUUCAAAUGGAAGUGGCAGAAACCAUGGAAACUUUCAGAAUGGAUUCGACACAACGAUGAGACGAUCAUGAGAACAAGAUCACGCUCACAGGCUUUGCUACAUAUCGGGUGAUCUUUUAUGAUCUGUCCAGUUGAUGUGGGUCAUUAUUUUUCGACCCACAAAAACUUAUCCUAGACACAUGGCGUUGGAAAUAACAGAGCACUACGUGCAGUGUAAUAUAAUGGGUUGAAAUGUAUAUACGUGUCAGUCUUGAAUAACGCUGUCCAGAUCUUGGAAAUUUUGCCAUAACUACUGCAUUUGGAGCAUCUUGGGAAUAUGCUGCAAUGUAAUGUUUGGACAGAGGCACCCAAAUAAUGAAAACAAAGAUAUUGCUUGCUUGAAGACAUUCGUAGAUUCUGGACAGACAAAUUAUCUUUGAAAAAGUUGUCUGUUCAUACCAGCACUAGGAGAAACAAAGUACAUAUUCUUUAGUGAAGUCUUGGAAAUGUGUAUUUAGGGUCUUCUAUUCCUUAUUGCAAGUUCUUACGGUCCUAUUGUGUUUAAGCCAAUUGUUUUUUGUUCAUAGGUUAUUUACUGUAGUAUUUGUCACACAACAUAGGGAAAUUCUCCUUUAGGUUGUUUUUAGUACUCUAGGGCUUCUUGUGUGUAAAGAACAUUGGCUAUUUUAUUGAAAGAUAUACUACCUUACAGAUUGUAUAAUAAUAAUAAUAACAGCUCGUCUCAUGUCCUCUCAGGCCUCCUAAUGGCCUCUCUGAG